CCGCCCGUGUUGUUGCUUGGCUUGGCCUCUGGCUCCAGUGCAAAGCCUGCUGCCAGUAUGAAGGCUGGCGUUGUUGCGGUGCUGCUUGCAGCCACACUCGGCCUGACUGCCGCAGCGCGGGUGCUGGAGCCCCAGGGCGCCUCCCUGACUGCCGGCGAUACCUCAGCUGGGGGAAGGCCCAAGCCCAGCCGCUUCGCUACCGCAAUCACCCCCUCGCCCUCCUACCGCCCUCUCGUUAAGAGUGCCCUGCCGCACACGUUCCUGUCCGCCGAAGACCUGCCCAAGAGCUUCGACUGGCGCAACGUGAACGGGACGAACUACUUGUCGACCACUCGUAAUCAGCACAUCCCUCAGUACUGCGGCUCCUGCUGGGCCCACGCCGCCACCUCCUCGCUGGCCGACCGCAUCAACAUCAAGCGCGGCGGCGCCUGGCCCUCCGCCUACCUCAGCGUGCAGAACGUGAUCGACUGCGGCCACGCUGGCAGCUGCCAGGGCGGCUGGGAUGGACUGGUGUACGAGUACGCCGCCCGCCACGGCAUCCCCGACGAGACGUGCAACCUCUACCAGGCUGUGAACCAGGAGUGCAACCACAAGCACCAGUGCUACACCUGCUGGCCCGGCGAGGGCUGCCUGCCCCUGGAGCAGUACCAGCGGCUGGUGGUGGAGGAGCAUGGGCGGGUGGAGGGGGCGCACGCGAUGCGGGCCGAGGUCUUCCGCCGCGGCCCCAUCUCCUGCAGCAUCGACGCCAGCGAGGGCCUGGACAAGUACACGGGCGGCAUCUACACCGAGUACAACCCCGAGCCCCAGACCAACCACAUCGUGUCGGUGGUGGGGUGGGGCGAGGAGGACGGCAUCCCCUUCUGGAUUGUGCGCAACAGCUGGGGCCAGCCGUGGGGCGAGCAGGGCUUCUUCCGCAUUGUGACCAGCGAGGCGUUUGACGGGCGCGGCAACGAUUUCAACCUGGCCAUAGAGACCUCCUGCGGCUGGGCCGUGCCAGAGACCUGGAGGGACGCCUCUGAGCUGCACGUGGAGUAGGCGCCUGCCGCACCCGCCUGCCUGCCACUGUGUAGAAGCCCGGCCGCAGCCGUCGCUGCCGCCCACCUUGCGGGCAAAAGCACGUGACUGGCGUCGCACUGCCGUUUGCCCUGCUGUUCUUCCUGCCGAGCGCUGAGCCGCCCGGCGCCCCGUCGAGGCUGCGCUGCUGCGCUGUACAAGCCCCCCACUGAGCGCCCAUUGCAUUUUUUUCCAGCGUGCACUCCGCCGUCGGUGUACCAUGUGUGCGGGCCCCACUGUACUCCCUAUCGCAAAGCCAGCCCUGUGUGCUGCUAUUGGCCUCGACGGCAACCUCAUCCUACAAUCGCCCCUUUCAUCCUGGCAUUUCAUGCCUGCCUGUGCCAUUCACCCAAUCAACACAAGCAUUCUUCUGUCCUCAGCUCACGUGCAUCUCUGCUCCUGCUAUGCAACCCCACCUCUGCCUGCCCUUGUUUCUCUCGGUAACACAGCCAUUUCG